GAUGAAAGUCUGGGUAAUCGACGAAUUGCCCUGAAAUGUCAUUAUAAUGCAUCAGGAAAAAAUUGAAGAUAGCAAUUUUUAUUAGUUAAUUUCAAUAUCUUAACAAUAGUUAUCGAAGCGUUUGUAAAACAUGUCUGGCCCAAUUAAAAAGGCAACUGAAUUAACCGGAUUGGCUGUAGCCAAGAAUCCGCAUCAUACACUUACGGCGUUGUACAAUAAGAUCUUGCGAGCAGUUGCUAAAAUGCCGGAAGACGCAGCAUACCGCCGUUACACGGAACAGGUCGUCAAAAAUCGAGUCAGCAUAGUUGCUUCUACACCAAAUGUAAAUGAAAUAGAAGAAAAAAUCAAUGGCGGUCAGGUUGAAGAGCUGAUAAUACAAGCUGAAAAUGAACUUAACUUGGCUCGAAAGAUGCUAGGCUGGAAGCCUUGGGAGGCCCUUGUGAAACAGGCACCGGCGACACAGUGGACAUGGCCCCCAGCCAAAAUCCACGAACUCAAAUAAUCCUACGUAUGUUGUGUAUGAUGGUUCUGUAAAUAGAUGCCGAAUUAGUGA